AUGAUGAACAAUUCCAACCUGACAUCCCUUUCCUCUUUGGAGGCUAGAGAGGAGUGUUAUGAAACAUGCAAUGGAACUGCAAUUCCAACCGAUAAUAGCUCAGGUCACAACUUAAAUGGAUAUUCUUUACAGGACCUUAUUUUCUUUUUGGCAAUUUGUUUAAUCUGCAGUUUUGGACUUCUUGGGAAUGGAAACGUCCUCUGGCUUCUUGGCUUCCGCAUGAAGAGGAAUCCUUUCACCACCUUCAUCCUGAAUUUGGCUGUUGCUGACUUUGGGGUCCUUCUAUGCUUAUUUAUACUUUCUAUAUUUUCCAUUCUAGGGACAUUUACAAAUGUAUUUUUCGAUUUGUUGAUAUGGCAGUUCUUAGUAUUAUCCUUUUACUCCAUACACAACAUUAGCCAAGUCCUUUUGGCAGCCAUCAGCAUCGAGAGGUGUGUGUCUGUCCUCUUCCCAAUUUGGCAUCGAUGUCACCGGCCAACACACCUGUCCACCACUGUGUGUGCUCUCAUAUGGGUCAUCUCCUCCUCGCUCUUUGCAAUUCCCAGCACUCUCAGUCUGACAAAUCAGUUCAGCACACCUGUCAAAAUAGGCUACCUGUAUAUUGCGACUUGCUUUCUUUGCCUUCCCCUCAUGGCUAUCUCCUCUCUCAUCCUUUUUAUCAAAGUCUGUUUUAAAUCACAAAAGAAUCAGCGGAGGAGACUUAUAAGAACAAUCUUGCUUACUCUCCUCUUCUUCCUUGUAUUUGCUUUUCCACUUAGUGCUACUCACUUCAUUAACAUUUUUGUAAUUGAAUCCAUGCAUUAUAGACAUCUAUUUCACUAUAGCUACAUAGGUGCCUCCCUAAACAGCAGUGUUAAUCCACUGAUUUAUUUCCUGGUUGGGAGAAAGAAGAAGAGCCAGUCUAGGGAGACUAUGAAGGCUAUCCUCCAGAGAGUUUUCAAGGAAGAGGAGGAAAUAUUGGAAUCCACAGUUUAA